AUGGAGAAGCUGGACUUCAGCUCAAACAAAGCCAAACACUCUGCUACAAACUUAUCCAACAACAAAGAGCUGAGGAUUGUUUUAGUGGGGAAGACUGGAAGUGGGAAGAGUGCCUCUGGAAACACCAUUUUAGGGCGACGGUGCUUUGAGUCGAAAUGCAGCCCCAGAUCACUGACUGUGAAUUGUUCCAAAUGUAACACAGCUGUUGAUGGAAACCAGAUCGCUGUUAUUGACACACCUGGCCUGUCUGACACCAGGUUUAAUGAGGAAAAAACAGUGAAAGAUUUCAGCCUCUGCAUUCCUUUUGCUGCUCCUGGACCCCACAUCUUCCUGGUGGUCAUUGCACUGAACAGGUUCACUGAAGAGGAAAAGAAAUCAGUCCAAAAGAUUCAAGAAAUCUUUGGAAAGGAUGCUGAUAAAUACAGCAUGGUUCUCUUUACUCAUGGAGACCUGCUUCAAGACACCACUAUAGAAGAGUUCUUGGAAGAAAGCUCAGAACUACAGGAACUUGUAAAAAGAUGUAACGGCCAGUAUCAUGUGUUCAACAACAAUCAGAGUGAUAAAAAGCCUCAGGUCACUGAACUGCUCCAGAAGAUAAAACACAUUGUACAUAAAAAUGGAGGAAGUCACUACACCAAUGAGAUGUUCCAAAAGGCUGAGAGAGAAAUCGUAGAGAGGAAACAACGCCUGCUGAGGGAGAAAGAAGAGCAGAUGCGGAAAGAGAGAGAAAAACUAGAGAGAGAAAUUCAGGCAAAGUAUCAGAGAGAGAUGCAGAAAAUGAAUGAGCUUCUUAGAGCUGAGAGAGAGAGAGAGAGGAAGGAAAGAGAGGAAGAAAGAAGGAUGGCCAGACAGGAGCUAGAUGAGCAGCAGAGGAAGUCAUUUGAGUGGCUAAAGGAAGAGAGACAAAGAGAGAAAGAGGAGAAACAAACAGAGAUGAAAGCCAUGAUGGAUAUGAUGAAUGGACAGAGAGAAAGAGAAUUAAGACAGCAGGAAGAGAGACUGCAAGCCUACUAUGAAGAAAAAGCCAGAAGAGAAGCUGAGCAUCAGUGCAAGACGGAGGGUGGACCAUGUGCUAUACUGUAAAUAUUUGACAGAAAUCAAUGUGUUCUCUUACUCUCACAGUUUUCUUUAGACUGUCUUAAGGUUGUUCUACAUAAUCUUGUCUUUCUUUUUAGUAGUUAAAUGAAUAUGCAGUUUUCCCUCUCCUGAACUGCAGCUUAAGCUGCCUGUUAUGCUAUCCCACCUGAUUAAUGAUAUAGAUAUAAUCAUAUAUUUACAAGCAAACUUAUCAUGCUCUCAAUGGGAAAUAAAUAAAACAAAACUGAAAAAUC